AUGACGCUCAAGUUCAUCGCGGGGCGAGGCUCUGACCUUUUGGAUGAGAGUCAGAGACAUACACUCGUACUGUUUGAGCGCAUUGGAGGAUCUGUCAGCUUGAUCUCUGUGCUUUUGAUAUUCAUCACCUACGCCCUCGUCCCGCGUGUUCGCAAUGUGCAGAAUACUUUUAUAGUGUUUGCCAGUGUUGCCAAUGUCGGGGCUAGCUGUGCGAGUAUCAUCGCUAUGGAUGGUUUGGAACUUGGUGUUUCUUCGCCUCUCUGUCAGGCGCAGAGCUUCAUGUUCCAUAUGUUCAUGCAGUCUGAUCCUUGGUGGUCACUCGCCAUGGCCUUCAACGUCUUUCUCGUCUUCUUCUUCCGCGCCAGUCCGGAUUCGUUCCGACGAUGGUGGUGGGUGUAUUGUCUCAUUUGUUACGGUGGCCCUUUUGCUAUUGCCAUUGCGUUGCUUCUGGUUAGAAACCCGAACCGCGGCCUUGUGUUUGGUCAAGCCACUAUCUGGUGCUGGGUUAACCGGGACUGGGAAAACAUUCGCAUCUACACUUACUACAUGCUCAUCUGGGUGUGUAUCGCUGGAUCACUGAUCUUCUACUUUAUGGUUGGAUAUCAUGUGUUUCGGUCUCGAAACAGACUCAAGAGUUUGUCUGCUUCCAAGAGUAGAGAGCCAGCCCCUAUUGAGCCUUCUCAAGGUCAGAGACAAGUCGACUUCCUCACAGUCCCCCAAGACUGCUUCUACGGAACCAUCGUCACCGAAGUCCAAGUCGUCCACUCAACGGCCGCAACGGCCUCAACGAACCAUCUCCCCGAUCCUCCGAGACCCGCUUACACAGCACGCUCAUCAACACCUCAAGUCUCCUUCGACGAACCCCCCGGAGGAGUGCAAGGAUCCAACAGUCACUAUUUCUCAACCUCUAUAUCCCCCGGGGUCAUCCAAGACCGAGUUAAUAGCUCGCCCCUGCGUCGCAUGCACGUAGCGACCAACCGAACCCUCAGCAAAUUCGUCAUCGACGACCCUAUAAAGAAGGCUUAUCUGCGCACGAGCUUCCUCUUCGCCCUUAGUGUGUUGGUGACCUGGAUUCCGAGCAGCUUAAACCGCAUUCACAGCUGGCUGACCGGCAACUCACCCUUCGAGUACCACGUCGCCACGGCCGCUGUACUUCCGCUCCAGGGCCUCUGGAACGCAGUCAUUUUCUUCGUCACGAGUUUCAAGGUCCUCAAGGAGUGGUGCAAGAACCUCGGACAGGAUACGAAUCUUCAAGAGAGAGAAAUGACACAGACGAGGGAAGAGUUUGAUGAACAGGUUGGGAGGAGCGGCGAAAGCUUCCUGGAUGACACAGACUCCGGUAGUGACGUUGAGCUGCGACGAAUGGGAGAAGCGCCAGGGAAGAGAUCCCCGAGUCUUUAA